AUGUCUAAAAACAGCUUUGAUUUCAAGUUCAGCCAGUGCUUUGGCGACAAAGCCGACAUUGUUGUGACGGAGGCCGACAUCAUCACUGCGGUGGAGUUCGAUCACACCGGUGACUUUUUGGCCACUGGAGAUCGCGGGGGCCGUGUAGUAUUGUUUGAGCGCAACAACAGCAAACACUGUGAGUACAAGUUCCUCACAGAAUUCCAGUCGCAUGACGCCGAAUUCGAUUACUUGAAAUCGCUAGAAAUAGAGGAGAAGAUCAAUCAGAUCAAGUGGUGUCGCCCCACAAACCAGUCGCAUUUCCUUUUAAGCACAAAUGACAAAACAAUCAAGCUGUGGAAAGUCUACGAAAAGAACAUCAAGCUGGUAAGUGAGAACAACUUGAGCGAGAACUCAUUUGCACGCGGGUCGACCGGCAGCGGUAACGGUAGUAUCAACAGUUCGAACGGCAACGGCGCCGCUAAAGCAGUAUUAUCUUUGUCCACACUGAAACUUCCUAAACUAUCCCAACAUGACAAAAUCAUUGCUGCGGCUCCUAAAAAGAUAUACAGCAAUGCACACACAUAUCAUAUCAACUCGAUAUCGAUAAAUUCGGACCAAGAAACAUUUAUCAGUGCAGAUGAUCUUAGAAUAAACCUGUGGAACCUGGAUAUACCGGAUCAAUCGUUCAACAUUGUAGAUAUCAAACCUGCAAACAUGGAGGAACUGACAGAAGUUAUAACUAGUGCUGAGUUCCACCCUCAACAUUGCAACUUGUUCAUGUACUCAUCUUCAAAAGGCACAAUCAAGCUGGCGGAUAUGCGACAGAAUGCGCUCUGUGAUUACCGUGCUAAGACGUUUGAGGAAUACAUGGACCCUAUAAAUCACAAUUUUUUCACCGAAAUUACUUCUUCUAUAUCCGACGUUAAAUUCAGCCCGGAUGGGCGAUACAUCGCCUCGAGAGAUUACUUGACUGUUAAGAUUUGGGACAUCAACAUGGGCAACAAGCCAGUAAAAACCAUCAACAUCCAAGAUCAGCUGAAGGAUAGAUUAAGCGAUACUUACGAGAAUGACGCAAUCUUCGAUAAGUUCGAAGUGAGCUUCAGUGGGGAUAGCUCCAGUUUAAUGACAGGGUCUUACAAUAAUACGUUCAUGAUCUACCCAGAUGUAGUAAAGGGCAAGACCAGCACUUCGCCACCAAUGGACGAAAUUGUGCUACAGGCCGACAAGACAGCAUUCAAGUCCAAGAAACUGGGCUCGUUGGAGCAACAAAGUGCUCGCAACAAGGAAUGGGGGGACGACAUAGACUUCAAGAAGUCUAUUCUACAUUUCUCAUGGCAUCCAAGGGAAAACAGUGUGGCUAUCGCGGCGACAAAUAAUCUAUUUAUUUUUUCAGCAUUAUAG